AUGUGUCGAUGUAGUAUAGUGGUGAGUAUCCUCGCCUGUCACGCGAGAGACCCGGGUUCGAUCCCCGGCAUCGGCGCUGGCCUCUUUUUGGACUUCCGUGGAGCAGCCGGAGCUCGCGCUGACGUGUUGGUGGGCCACGGUGACGUCAUACCCUUUGGAAGAUUCGGUCUCCAGGUCCGGUCGACUCCAGGCCACACAAAUGGGUGUGUGACUUACGUCUUGGUGGAGCGUGCCGAGACUGCAGCAGCCUUUUCAGCAGCACUAGAGGACUCUCCUGAAGGGAGUGUGUGGAGGGAAAGCACUCGGGGCCUGGAUGGCCUGGGAACCGCUGGGUUUUCCUUUGACAAGCUUAUAACGAGGAUGGCGUUCACUGGGGAUGCAUUGCUUAUCAGAGGAUGUGGACGGACAGACUUUCAGGAAGGAGAUGCUGCUCAGCUGUACCGUUCAGUCCACAGUCAGAUAUUGUCACUUCCACCGGACACGCUCCUGUUCCCAGCACACGACUACCAAGGCCGAACUGUUACAUCAGUGGAAGAGGAGCAAAAAUACAAUCCGAGGCUGACAAAGGGAGAGGAAGCAUUCAAGGCUAUCAUGGAUGGCUUGGGGUUGGCACCACCAAAGAAGCUCAAGGAGGCAGUUCCAGCUAACAUGGCUGAUGGGGUGGUUGAAGAACAGAAUACCACCAUCCUUGCUGCUUGA